CUUCACCUAUUAUUUCAAACGAACUAACCAUGACGGGUGUAGAAGUUACGGAGAAGGACGCAUCGCCCAAGAAAAAAGACACAUCGCCGAAGAACAAGAAAGAAAAGUCGCCAAAGCUUUCGAAGAAGGAUCGUAAGAAUGAUCUGUCCGACGAUAGUAGUGUGUGCAGUAGCACGGGCGAGAAAGCCAAGAACUGGCUUGGACGAGAAGUAAAACGGCCUCGUGCAGAAUACCAGGCCGAGAUUGACGAACUGAAACUGAAGCUCGCGGCCCUCGAAACCGAGGUUCUGACCAAGACCAACCAACUUGAUGCAUUCCAGGAUUGGAUCCGUCAAAUUCCCUCGGCAUAUCAGGAAUCGGUUGAACUAUAAUACAUAAAUCCAGGACCAAAUUAAUAAACUCAACAGAGAGAC